AUGCAUUUCUCCAAAGCUGUGAAAGCAGUGUUCUUCAUCGUCAAUCAUGUUGCUGCCACUCACUUUCCGGCCCAUGUGAUUCUUGCUGGUCGCCUCCAGAACGACGACAGUCAGCAUGAGUCCAGCACCCAGGUCCUGAACCGCGAUCUCGGUUCGGUCUCGCUGCCUGUCGUUGGAGUCCAUCUCUUUACCCGUCAAGAAUCCUGCAAGAACUGCCGCACGCGGUGCCCCAACGGCAAAAUCAUCGACAAAGACGACUGCAAGAAGUGCAAGCGCUGCCCGAAGGGCAGGACGGCCAACUCGCGCUACGACAAGUGCAUCAAGAAUGAAGAAGGCAAGAGGCAGAAGAAAGAAGCCUUCGAUAAGAAGAAGGAGGCCAAGACGGCCGAGUACAAGGAUAAGGGACGUCGUUUCGAAAAGAAGAAGGAAGAGAAGAAGCGUGCCUAUGUCGACAAGCAGGACGAGGACAAGCGCAAGAAGGUCCGUCGCAUGGGCCGCUGCCUGGCUCUCGUUCCCCUCGGCAUGGGCGCCGUGGCUGCUGCAGAGUUCGCCGACGAGUUCUUUGACGAGGAGUACCUCGAGGACAUGGAUCUGUUGCAGUUCUGGCCGGAACAUCUCCCCAUUGACCCCUGGGGACAAGAGGCCGAUGACUCCGUCUACGAGUCGGACGACUACAUCAACAAGUGGGUCACGGUUGGCGAGGGUGUUGAGUCUCGCUCUGUCAGCCUUCGCGCGACCACUAAGGACAGGGCCACCCGUUACAGUCCGGUUACGGACAUCGCUGUGCGGUCCGAGGAGCACAUGCAUCAGCUGGAAGAGCGCUGUUCCUUUUGCUUCCUGAUCCCCAUCUUCGCGGCUGUUGCUAGAACCGCCGCUGCAGUCGGUUCGGCUGCUGCUCGCGCUGGCAUUACACUUGCGCGAGGGGCGAUUCGUGUUGCCAAGGGACGUGGAUCAAAACGGACCAAGAAAGAGCAGACUGAUGGCGCUCGGAAGGUUUCGGAAAACCGAAACUGGUUGAACUGUCUUCGCAAGGCCGACCCGUUGCACUGA